AUGGCUUGGAGUCUCUCUCGGGUCUCCAAGAACCCGUUCCCCCGUCUCGGGCACCUUGCUCUGGCAGACGCCUCGGGCUCCACCCUCUACUGCUUUGCAGGCGGCAAAUGGCACGAGAACGAUGACUCGGCUGCCCUCCUCCCCACGGCACCGCAGCAUGCUGGGGCCAUUGGCAUCUCGCCUGUGCGCGUCUCAAAGCUCUCGCUCACAGGCCUCAUGACCUGGCUUCGCCCGGGCCUCAUCGGAAAGAAGCUCCCGUCGCUCGUCGCUGCCGCCGCCGCAUGCAUCGGUUCCAAGUUCUACAUCUUUGGAGGGGCGCUGGCAAAGCCAUUGUCGUCGUCGUCGUCGUCGUCGGUAGCGGCGGCAUCAUCGGGGACAGGCAUGGGUGCAGGAUGGCUCUCGGAUAAGGUUUGCGGGAAAAAACCCGAGCCGCGCAUGAUGCACUCGUUCACCGCUGUCGGCGACUCGAUUGUGCUCUUUGGCGGUGUUGGGAGCGAUGGCGAGGUCGUCGGAAACAGCACCUUUGUCUUUGACGGUGCAAAGUGGGCGGCUGCUGCGGCGUGCGACUCUGGGCCGGCGCGGAGGGCACACGCAGCUGUCGGGUGGAGCGCCAUGGAUGUGGUGGUCGUCUUUGGCGGCGCUGACGCGGCGGGAAAGCCGCUCGACGAUGUCAUGUUCUACGAUGUCGGCGCUGAUGCCUGGGUUGCGCCGGGCGUCUCGGGAACGGCGCCGUCGCCGCGAUGGGGCGCCGCGGCUGCGUUUGCACCAAGCCUGCCGGUCUCGGGCCAUGCCGGGCUCAUUGUCUUUGGCGGGACCAACGGAAGCUCCCUGUUUGGGGAUGCGUACGCGCUGGAUCUCGAGGAUCUGAAGUGGUCCAGGCUUACAGCCGACCGUGCUCCGGCGCCGCGGGCCUUUGCCACCCUCACCAUCGUCAACGAGAACAAGGCCAUUCUUCUUGGCGGCGCCAUGGUGGCCGCGGAAUCGUCGGUCAACAACAAAGUUGCAGUGCUCAACCUCGCCAAGCUCGGCGCUGAGCAUCUCGGAUCGAAGCCCGCGCCCGCGUCGGCUGCGGUUGCGGUCGGCUCCAGCUCGGGCACCCCCCGCGCAAAGGUCAGCGCGCCGCCGCCGACCGCCAAAAAGUCAGCUGCCGCGCUCAAGAUUGCCUCGGCCAUUCGGCGGACGAAGGCCGCACCUGCGGCCAAAACCACGCCCGAAGCCAAGGCCACGCCCGCGGUCAAUCCUGUGCCUUCUGCUACCGCUCAGAGUGGCAACGCCAAAAGCGACGAUGCCGAGAUGGCGAUGCAGCUCGCGAUGCGUGAGGCCCAGCUCCGCAAGGUGGCCGUGAGCCUCAAGGAGGCCAAGGCCCGCGAGGCCGAGCUCGCGACUGAGCUCAAGGCAGCCCGUGGAUUCGAGUCCAAGGUGAAGGCGCUCGAGCGACAGCUUGCGGAUGCACAAGCUGCCGGAAGCGAAGCCGAGCUCAAGACCAAGCAGAUGGCCAAGCUCGAGUCUAGGGUGGCGGCGCUCGAGAGCCAGCUUGUGGAUGCACAGGCCGCCGGAAGUGAUGCCGAAGCCAAGGCCGCCCAGGUUGCGGCGCUCGAGUCCAAGGUGGCGACGCUCGAGGACCAGUUGGCUGAUGCAGAGGCUGCCGGGGCCAAGGCCAAGACCAAGGCCAAGCAAGUGACCAAGCUCAAGAAACAAGUCACCGAGCUGGAGGCCCAGCUCGCCGAUGCAGCCAAUGCCAAGGCCACCAAGGUGACGACACUCGAGAGCCAGCUUGCGGAUGCACAGGCCGCCGGAAGUGACGCCGAAGCCAAGGCCGCCCAGGUUGCGGCGCUCGAGUCUAAGGUGGCGACGCUCGAGGCCAAGACCAAGGCCAAGCAAGUGACCAAGCUCAAGAAACAAGCCGGUGCUGAAGAGGCGUCUGCGCUGAAGACCAAGGUGACGACACUCGAAAGCCAGUUGGCUGAUGCAGAGGCUGCCGGGGCCAAGGCCAAGACCAAGGCCAAGCAAGUGACCAAGCUCAAGAAACAAGUCACCGAGCUGGAGGCCCAGCUUGCCGAUGCAGCCAAUGCCAAGGCAGAUGCUGAAGAGGCAUCUGCGCUGAGGGCCAAGGUGGCAACACUCGAAAGCAAGGUCAACAGCCUCGAGUUGGACCUUGCAGCCAAGGACCGAAAGGUGGCGACGUUGGAGGAGCAGUCUGCGGGCAUGGCUGCCCACGUUAGUGAGGUUGAUGAGCUCAAGGUUGAGGUCACGCAGCUGAAGGCUGAGCUGGCCGAGACGAUUGCCAAGACACAGGCUCAAGUCGAUGACGCUGACGCACUGCGGACCAAGAUAGCGGCACUGGAGCAGCAGCUGGCCGACGCCAAGUCUGCCGGCAGCGACUCGGCCGCCAAGGCCGAGCAAGCUGCUGCGCUGGAGAGCAAGGUCGCCGAGCUCGAAGCGCAAGUGGCUGCGACUAGAUCGGCCGUCGCUAAUCUUGCCGACGUCGAGGCCUCGCUUGACGCCAAGUCUAAGCAGCUGGUGAGCGUCAAGAAGGAAGCUGAAAAGCUGCGAUUCCAGCUUGAAGACGCGCAGGAGGAGGCCAAGGUUACAAAGGCGUCGGCAGCGGCACUCCAGUCCCGGACCGACAAGCUCGACCACGAGCUCGCCGAGCUGCGCGACUCAGCACGCCACGCCGCCGCAGCCAAGUCAUCAGCAGACAAGCUCAAAGCCCGAGUGGCCGAACUCGAGGCUGACCUGGCAGCAGCCACCUCAAAGGUGGCCACGCUGAAGAAGUCUUCGGCCGAUGCUACCGCAGCCGCCGAUCGUGUCGCCCAGCUCGAGGCCGAGCUCGCUGCCGCGCGCAACGAGGCCCGCCAGGCCUCUGCCUCAGUAGUCUCUCUCAAGGCCGAGCUCACCGCUGUUAAGAGUCAGGUUGCCACUGCCGAAGAUGCCGAGGCCAGUCUUCGCCGCCAACUCGACGAGCAGCGCAACGCCGUGCAUGGCGCCGAGCGGGCUGCCGAGCUGGCCGGCACCCGGCUCAAGUCCGCCAUGGAUCUCGUGGCAACACUCGAGGACGAGCUUGAGGAUCUCGAGGAGCGCACGCUCCUUGCCGAGACCAAGUUUGCCGCCAUAGAAGCAUCGCUGGCCGAGUAAUACGCACGCGCCCGUG